AUGGUGUUCUACCAUGAAUACUUAUCCAAGACGGAGAUAAAGGGCUUCGACACAUACAAGUACAGCUGUAUCGACAACAGCCCGCUGGCCGUCUACAUAUCGCACCCGUUCUGGAAUUGGUUCGUCAACUUCUAUCCACGAUGGAUUGCGCCGAACGUGCUGACGUUGUCCGGCUGGUCGCUGGUGAUGGGGUGCUUUUUGCUGGAGACGGUGCUAGACUACGACUUGAGCCGAGGCAGCGUUGGGUCGACGAAUCCUCUACCAUCCUGGUUCUGGCUCCUUUGCGCAAUUUGCACCUUUUCCGCCCACACGCUCGAUGGCACCGAUGGAAAGCAGGCGAGACGAAUCGGCGCCUCAGGGCCAACUGGCGAAUUGUUCGAUCACGGCCUUGAUUCCUGGUCAACCGUCCCUUUCACAAUCACCAUCUUCUCCGUCUUUGGCCAGGGCCAAUUCAGUAUCCCAGCCAUUCGUCUCCUUUUCACGCUGAUCAGCGUCCAGCUGGUGUUUGUCGUCACCCAUUGGGAGAAGUACAACACCGGCAUUCUUUUCCUCUCCUGGGGAUAUGACGCCAGUCAAUAUGGUCUUUCCCUGAUCUACCUGUGGACGUGGUGGGUGGGUUACGAGUGGUACAAAUUCUACGUGAUCCCCGGCUGGACGUUUGCUGAAGUCUUUGAAGUUGGCUUUUAUCUGUCUUGCGGCCUCUCGUUCGCCAUGUCCGGCUACAACAUGUGGUACAGCUAUGCCGUGGAUAAGACGGCCAAGCAGUCAUCUCUGUACGAGGCUGCGGCCCCGAUGUUCCCGUGCAUCGUUCUCUUCGUCUCGUCCGUCUACUGGGCUGCUCGAUCCCCUGGAGCCGUCAUUGAUCAGGACCCGCGAAUGUUCUUCUUCUCCAUGGGCACCGUGUUCAGCAAUAUCGCGUGCCGCCUUAUCAUCUCGCAAAUGACAAACACCCGAUGCCAUACAUGGAACACGCUACUCGCUGUCUAUUUGGCUUCGAUUAUCGCCGCUUUUUGGCUACCGCUCUACGAGUUGACGAUCCUGCGCGUCUCUUGUCUGAUCAUCGUGCUGGCCCACGUGCACUAUGGCGUUUGCGUGGUGAAGCAGCUGUGCGCCCAUUUCAAGAUUCACGCCCUCGACGUCUCCUACCUGACGGCCAAGAAAGAU